AUGCAGUAUAGUUGUGAUCAAUAUUUUUCAUUGAAUCGUCUCGACUCACUCGUUUAUUUGGAUUGCUUUAUCAAUGAAGUACUUCGUUAUUCUCCAACGAUUGAAGCAACAAGUCGUACAGUGAUCAUGGACGAUUAUCUACCAAAAAGUGGUACUCGACUCUACAAAGGUAAUCAAGUGCUUAUUCCGACAACUGCUCUUGCUCGAGAUGCUCAUCAUUGGAAAAUUGAUCCUGAGUUGUUCUAUCCAGAGAGAUUUCUUAAUGAAGAUAAAAAUUAUCAUCCAUAUGCAUUUCUACCAUUCGGAAGUGGUCAUCGUCAAUGUCUUGGACAAGAUUUAGCUCGAUUUGAACUCAAAAUAAUUCUAGCUCGUAUGUUGCAACAAGUAACAUUCGGUGAUGGUGGUCCUGAAGUCAAUUCAGGUGGAUAUAUUCAAAAAUUGACUACCAUGCCUAAACAUAUGGGAGUCAUCAUUGAAUUCCACUGA